AUGGGAGAGGAAACUUGCAUGAACCAGAUGUGGGAGUCCAUUGCUACCCUGAAGAGAUCACAAGAAGAGCAGCAAAUCACUCAAGCCGAACAGCAGAAGCUUCUCAUCACCGUGACUCAACAGUUGGGAGCUCUCUCCGAUGCUGUGAAGCUUCUUGACAGAGCAGAGGCAGAGACAUUAGCGUUCCAAGCGGAGAUCAUCCUCUGCGAACUUAUCAGUAACUCUUCCGAUGAUCGGAACAAAAUUUCGAUGAAGGGGGAGGCGGUCAACGAGGAGGCGGUUGAUGAGAUGGACAGUGACGAUCAGUGCGAGAUCAUGGAGCUCGACGCUAAGGAGUCGCUUGUCGAGCACAUCCAAUUCUAUGAGAUCUGCGGAAAGGGAUUUCAUCGAGAUGUCAAGCUGAUAAAGCGCAUGCGAGCUUACGGAAAUCAGCUCACAACCCCAGAAGCGCUCGCCAAGCUACCGAGCUACGCUGAGACCAAAAAAACGAGGUUCUCGCACCCGUUCCAGGGCUGCAAUCACAUAAAAUCUCACUAUCUUGUGUUGGGUUUGAUUUCCUUGAUGAAGUCAUAA